ACGCCAGUAUGUAAUUGUAAUAAUACUUAAAAUGUGGUCAGUUAAGUGGAUGCGAUUAGUGGUGAUGCUGACUGCAUGCUGGGCCCAAGAGGGCGAAUGGAGCGAGGAUGCCGAAGACUUGGUGUCAACAGUGGACGUGGAUGCAGUACUCGGCCGAACUGCGUCAUUACCGUGUGACGUUACACCCGAUACAAAUGAGGAUCGGGUCUACAUGGUGCUAUGGUUCAGGGCCGGGAAGGCCACCGGAGGAAAGCCUAUUUACAGCUUCGACGUACGGGGGCGGUCGUUCAACAAAGCGCUGCAGUGGUCAGAUCCAAACGCAUUUGGCCCGAGGGCGUACUUUGCGACCGUUGCCCGUCCAGCGUCCCUGAUGCUGGAUACCGUACAGUUAGACGAUGAAGGCGUCUAUAGAUGUCGUGUGGAUUUCAAGAACUCACCAACAAGAAAUUUUCAAAUACGACUUGCUGUCAUUGUGCCUCCACACCAACUAAUGCUGUACGACAAAUCGGGCCGAGACGUGUCAGGGAUCGUAGGCCCACUUGAAGAGGGUAACGAACUCGUCCUCGUCUGUGAAGUAAGAGGUGGCCGGCCAACUCCGACUGUGAUAUGGCUAAUAGAUGGGAAUCCAGCGCUUCAAUAUGUUAACGAGAAAACAGAUACUCAUGUAGUUGUAAAUAAAUUAGAACUACCACAUGUGAGAAGAGAUCAUUUAAAUACAACUUUCAAAUGUCGAGCAUCAAACACAAACCUCGUUAGCCCGCAGGAUAAAACUGUACGGCUGGAGAUGAACUUGAAACCAACAAUGGUAGAAAUUCUAAACAAACCGUCGUCACUAUCAUCAGAAAGGCACGUGAACCUCACUUGUGUGUCAGAGGGUAGUCGGCCUCCCGCUCAGUUGACGUGGUAUAAGGACAAUAGGAAGUUCAAAAGAGGGAAGAUAACAGAAACACUAAAUGAAACUUGGGUGAGCAGUUCCUUACAAUUCAUACCAAUGCCAGAAGACGAUGGGGUGCAACUCAAAUGCCAAGCGGACAACAGUGCGCUCCCCGACCAGAGCAUAGAAGAUUCAUUCAAACUCGAUGUCGUAUAUCCACCGGUAGUAUCACUAUCAUUAGGAAGUACACUAAAUCCACAUGAUAUCAAAGAAGGGGACGACGUAUAUUUUGAAUGUUCAGUACGUGCUAAUCCUAGAGAAAACCGCAUCUCUUGGUACCAUAAUGAUAAGCCAGUCCUGCAUAACGUGGUAUUGGGAGUGAUAGUGAGUACGAAGUCAUUAGUACUCCAAAAGGUGACGAGGGACCACGGUGGCGAGUAUUCAUGCCGGGCUACAAACGCACUGGGGGAAACAGCAAGUCAAGGCACUCAUCUCAGUAUUCAAUAUGCACCCGUCUGUUCGCACCCUUCGCCGCAAGUGCUUGGUGCACAAAUCGACGAGGCACUGCGCGUACGCUGCUCCGUAACAGCCAAUCCACCAGACGUAACGUUCUUCUGGCAGUUCAACAAUAGUGGAGAAAGUCUCGAUGUAUCCCCUACUAAGUUUGGCACGGCGAACGGUAGUACAAGUGAGCUCAGCUAUAAACCACAAAGUGAGCGGGACUACGGUACACUCAGCUGUAGAGGGACCAAUUCCGUGGGUAGACAGCUCGAGCCAUGUAUCUUCCAAGUGGUGCCCGCUGCGCGCCCAUCUGCUCCCCGUAACUGCUCUCUGCAAGCGGGUAAUAACAGCGUAGACGGCGCGAGCUGGCUCCGCGUACGAUGCGUCGCUGGUUAUGACGGUGGCCUGCCGCAGACUUUCAUACUGGAAGCUCUAGAUCCAGUUACUGGGAGGACUAGAUUCAACGGCAGUGUUAACGAGACUGAUGGCCUAGCUGUGUUCAAGUUGGAUGUAACGCAACUCUCAUCUGUUGUUGAUGGCCACGGCACCACAUUCAACUUACUCAUAUAUGCCAAAAACCUAAAAGGAGAUUCUGAGAAGACUUUACUUGAAAACAUUGCAUUCAAUGAUGCAGCUAGAAGAACAGAUGGAAAAGGAGCCAUGGGUGGUGUGACCCUUGGUGUAAUGGUAGCUGCUGUGCUAGGAAUUACUAUUGCUAUUGGCGGAAUAGCUUUCACAGCACUAUGUGCUCGUAGACGUCGCUCGCAACCCCCUCACAAACACCCUCCAGGCGAUAUGCUGGAAUUAAGUGAUGGUGGUCGCCGAUAUGUUGUUGCUUACACCAUUAAACCGUCACCAGAUAUGAAAACGCCUGAUCCACAGCCCGAUAUAUUAAAUGCUCCUGAUUCUGAUAAUCAACCUGCACCACAUUCUACGGAUGAAGUCGACGAAUGGCCUAGCAUAAAAGAAGUACGAGGAGACUGGUGUAAAACAGGAGCAGUUUUCUCGGCAGAAGACUUAGCACUUUUAGAUACUGCUGGUAGACCUCAACAGCUUACACCAGGAAGUGACUUGGCACCUAGCAGUAGACAAGAGGAUGUUCUUAAUCAAAAUAUAGCUCAGACAGUAUUAGGAAAUAACUUUAGGCCUAACUUUGUAGUUUCCAACAGUCCCACAUUGGGGAGUCCCAACUUUGUCUGCCCAAAUGGCAAUGUAGGAUCGCCAUUUGGCAGUCAGACGUUAACACUUAGUGGACCGACUUUAAGCUCGGGGAGUCUUGCAACAUCAACCUUACAUAGGACCAAAGGUAAAGGUAAUGCACGAAGAAGAGAACACGUAUUAACUGAAAAUUUACCUGGACCAGAAAGUUGUGUGUGAAGUGACAGUGAUGUUUUAAUUUGAACCAUUAGUUACGUUCGCCAACGAAAUACAGGUUAACUAAUUAUACUAAAUACAUUUCAUGUAAUUAUUCCGUUUUGUAAAUCGUAUGUAACGUAUGUUAUUGUUUGAAUUACAAAUAUGUUUUAUUGAUCUAUCUCAAUCCAUAUUGUGUACAAUAUAUUCAGCUUACACGAUUUAUUAUUGCAGUAGAAAUUGAAAGCUUUACGGCUAUUUUUAGUAAAAAACAACUAAAUAUAUUCAGGAAUAUGAAAUCGUUCAUUUUAAAACACUAAUGUAAUCUGUAAACAUUAUGUGAAUAAUUUCGAUUGCUGGUUUUAUAUGUAUUUGCUCAAUUUUUUUCGUAAUCUAAGAUGUGAUCAUAAAUUUUCAUUCAUAGUUCAAUGAUUUCCUAACUCUAAACAUUGCAGUGAGCCAGUGAUAUAAUUUGGACUAAUUAAUCAGACUGACUUCAUAAUACAAAUUUAAUAGAAAAAUCUCAUAAACUCAACUUUCAAAUAGUCUAAUAAUAUCUACCUACUAUCGUAAUACAAAUUGGCUCAUUAACUUUACAAAUGGCGCUCCAAUUUAGUAUUUAAGAUAUAGAAUAAUAUAUCAUAGACUUAUAGAUAAUUUAAAAGCUUGUAGAAAUCCCUAUUUAUUUUAAUAAACUCGGUUGUGGUAACUGUAUAUAAAUUUAGGUGAUAAUAAUGAAAACCAAAAAGAUAACAAGGCUUUUGUUGUCAUUUAUGUAAUUAAUGUGUUUGUAGAAAUUGUAAAUAUUCGUUAUAAUUGAACAAUGAAGGUGCAAUUUCAAGAGUCUUAUUCGAAUUUGAAUUUGUUAAUAAAAAUUAAUAGUUAAUUUUUGUGGUUUCAGUAUUCAAAGAAACAAAUAAUCAAGAGCAAUGAACAUGAAAAAACUAAUAUUCUGUUUCAUACGUCUUGAAGAGCGUGGAAUCUACAAAUAAAUUAUUAAGUUGAUGUAAAAUACUAGUGGCAUGGCCUUGCUUCGAUCGAAUAUUCACAACCUUGUGAGUUUUGUAUAUAUAUUAACAUUAGAUAUAGUCUAUGUCACUCUGGAAUAAUGUUACUUACAAAUAGUGUUAAAAUUUAGUAAGUCAAAAUCCGCUCUUCCUCUUUAUAAUAUUAGUAUAAAUAAUUUCUGCAGACGGGUUUAUAUUUUUUAUUAUAUAUUAUAUAGAUAUAUUAAAUGUUUUGUCAUAAUUCAUAUACUCUUGAAAUUGUCGCUUGUAAUGUAGUGCCAUUUUAUAUGAUACUUGUAAAUGUUUCAAUUUAUGUUGAUUCUAUUAAAUAGAGUUUAAUGAUGAUACUGUGGGUUAUAGAUGAAUGUAUAUAAUAUAUAUUAUGUCGAUCGAACUGUUGUAGCUGUCAAUAAUUUCCGUGGUUCUAAUGAUCUG